UGUGAUAAAUCGAAAGUUGAGGAGGCUUCCUUUCCAUCUGUUCUUGAAGUGCGGCAGAAAGCUCAGUUUGGUUUCUAUACUUGUGUCCUUUGAAGAAUCUAGGGUUUUAUGAUUUCUUUGCCACAGAAUGGAGGCAUUUCGUUUCUAUUAUUGUUUUUAUUGAUUGAGUCUCUGCUUGCAGGUGUUGGUGUUCACACUGCGGUAGCAGUAUUUGAUCACCUACAGUUUACUAAUUUCCACCUGAAAGAUCGAAAGGCACUCAGAGAAAAUAAAAUCAUGUCAGGCCGCAAAGAAACAGUACUUGAUCUGGCAAAAUUUGUUGACAAGGGCGUCCAAGUGAAGCUAACUGGUGGAAGACAAGGGACUUUGAAGGGAUAUGACCAGUUACUAAACCUCGUGCUGGAUGAAGCUAUAGAGUACCUAAGAGAUCCAGAUGAUCCACUGAAGACUACUGAUCAGCACCGGCGUCUUGGACUAAUAGUUUGUAGGGGGACUGCAGUGAUGCUCGUAUCCCCAACUGAUGGCACAGAUGAGAUUGCCAACCCUUUUAUCCAGCCAGACGGGGCUUAGGUUCGUCCUCAAAUUAACAAUUGUGGUAUGUAAAAUCAUGUUUGUUCAUGAGUGAGGUGGGAAAAUGGAAAGGGGAGAGGGGUAUAAUACAAAAAUUUUAUGCUGUGAAAACUAAUUAUAUCUGAAAUGAAAUGAUUCUGGCAUUAAAAUUUUUAUUUUA